CGGACACCCCAGGUAUACAAUAGCGUUACGGAUAGCCGCGGCCAUCUUAGGCUUGACGCCUCGAUGUUCCAUGUCAUAAAUUGUCAGUUUUGACACGUCAAACCGUCAAUCACUUAACCUAGAAAUUUUUGUAGGUUAAGCUGUUGCAAAAAAUGAGUUUAUUUUGAAUUUGAAAUAACUGCAAAUUAAAUUUAUUCAGUAUUAUGUACAGAUACAUUGGUUUUACAUCUUGUAUUUAAAGUCUCGUGGUGUUUUAAUUCACCAAAUUCUUCCUUAUAUUAUUUCUUACGGGUAACUUAAGUUUUCUGAUAGAUUUAUGUCACUAUGCCUUCUACAACAAAGGAUCUGGCUUCACCUACAGAGAUGAAGCUGACAUCAGCUAUGAAUGGAGAAAUUGACACUGAUACUGAUAAUGGAAAAGUCAAAAUGAAGAAACAUAUGGGCCUACUCGAAGGGGUGGCUAUCAUUUUAGGAAUCAUAUUUGGGUCAGGAAUUUUUAUAUCUCCAAAAGGUAUAAUAGAAGAAACAAACUCAGUGGGUCUAUCCUUAGUAGUAUGGGUACUAUGUGGUUUGCUCUCUAUGAUUGGAGCAUUGUGCUAUGCAGAAUUAGGUACUUCAAUACCAAAGUCUGGUGGAGACUAUGCAUACAUCAAUGAAGCAUUUGGUGCUUUGCCUUCUUUCUUGUACCUGUGGGCUGCAAAUAUCAUAUUUGUACCAACAACAAAUGCUAUAAUGGGUCUAACAUUUGCCAAAUAUGUAAUCCAGCCCUUUUUUCCACAAUGUGUGAUGCCUGAUUUUGGUGUCAGAUUAGUUGCAGCGUGUGUAAUUUGUGAGUAUUUUACCAUAUGUAUUACAUUUGUACAGCAGACUCCAUAACACUUAUCUAUCCAAAAAACUGACCUCGCUCAAAUGUAGUUCGUAUGAAAGUCCAUGGUCAAUAUACAUAUAAUCUCAUUCAGUUGUUUUUUGGAAAAAUUUCGAAAGAAACUCCAAGGGUGAAGUACCUGUCUGCAAUAUAUAUAUGCUCGACCAGAGUCAUUUCCAUGACAACAUAUGGAAUUUAUGAAAACAUAAGCCAUAAGGGUUCCAAGAUGUUCUCUGCAAGAAUGGCUCUUUUCACAACGUUUAGCAGAAUAUAUGAAAUAUAUUUUUUUAUAAAUUAUGUAUCUUGUCUGUAUGUAUGUUUUCAAUUACAAUCCAUAUUACAUUUCCAGGUUUUCUGUCUUUUCUGAAUGGGUUCAACGUAAAGGCGACUGUUAGGUUACAAAAUGUGUUCAUGUUUUGUAAAAUUGGCGCUUUGGUGCUGAUAAUUCUCAUUGGAGUAGUUUGGAUGGGUAUGGGGAAUGUAGAGCAUUUUCAGAACUCAUUUGCAGAUUCAAAUACAAAUCCUGGAAAGAUAGCUAAGGCUUUCUAUUCAGGAAUAUUUUCUUAUUCUGGAUGGAGCUAUCUGAACUUCAUGACAGAAGAGCUGAAAAAUCCAUUUGUUAAUUUACCGAGAGCGAUAUUUAUUUCAUUGCCUUUAGUUACUGGAAUAUACGUUUUGGCAAAUAUGGCGUAUCUUUCAGCUCUAACUCCUGAUGAGCUACUUUCUUCUGAUGCUAUUGCAGUGACGUUCGGUAAUGCUGUUUUGGGAAAAUUUGCAGGGAUUCUACCUGUAAUGGUAGCAAUUUCUGCGUUUGGAGGCUUGAGUGUCCACAUAAUGACCUCAUCUAGAAUGUUGUAUGUGGGUGCCAGAAACGGUCAUUUUCCCGCUAUGUUAGGACACCUCAAUCUAAACAAUCUGACGCCUUUACCAAGCCUCGUUUUUCUGAAUGCUCUAUCACUCAUAAUGCUUUGCACCAGCGACAUACACGUGUUGAUCCAAUACUGCACCAUUGUGGAAUCUCUAUUUGUGACACUGUCAGUGUCUGGCCUUCUCUACCUCCGAUGGAAGAAUCCGAAAAUGGAACGGCCAAUCAAAGUCAAUAUCGCCGUGCCUAUUGUUUUUGUACUCAUCUGUAUCUUCCUUUUAGUACUGCCUGUCAUCGAAUCUCCGGAUAUAGUACUCGGUGGUUUAGGAAUCACCCUUACUGGGAUACCCGUGUAUUUUUUGGGGAUUUAUUGGAAAGAUAAGCCUAAGUGGUUCCAGAAUUUUAUGCAUAAAGCGAUCGUUUUGUGUCAAAAAAUCUUCCUGGCAGCGCAUGAGGAUACCGAUUUUGAAGAAUAAUGUGUGUACAUUAUAGAGUUGUUUUCCUUUCAUGGUUGUAUACUUGUUACAAUUCAUGACUGAAGUAUUAUAUUUGAAAUAUGGUACACAUCAUGUAUUUUUUGAAGAAAUUCACAAUAAGUAAUCUAAUUGACAUGAAACUGAUAGGAGUACAGUUGAUAUCUUUAGAGCGAUGUGUAUUUUGCAUUUACUAGCACUGCUAGGGACCAAUUCUGUCUGAAUUUCCAAUACUAUUAUUUACAGAAUCACUUAACGUUACAUUGAGAUGUUAUUUAAAUUAAGGAUUAAAAAUACGUGAUGUGUACUAACCUAAGUUUUAAUGUUUCUAAAACUGAACAUUAAUGUUACCAAAAAAUAUAAGUUGUUAGAAAUAUGAUGUGAUAUGAACCCAAAAAUCUAAAAAGUUCUCGAAAUAUUUCAGCAUAUUUGCUGCUUGUAACGCCUUAAACAAUUUAAAUUCUAUACACUAACAAUUGUUAGAAUGUUGUGUCAAAAUAUGUGAUGUUUUCAUAAGUGUCAGAAGCGGUUACUAUUCACAGCAUGGACCCAGAUUCUUGAAAUGAGGGAGUAGUACUGUCAUCUAUCAGUGAACUGUAUUCCUGAGCACUAUUAGAACAGUCUCUCACCAUGUCAUUUUCAGGAGAAAAUAAAAGCUUGUAAAAAGUGCGGAACUCUCUCCAGCAGCUCUACUAACCUUAGGCAAUUCAAAAAUCAGAUUAACAAAAUUUCUUUGGGAUCAUCAUAGCAGCCGCGGUGUCCCGGCGUUUAGGCUUCUGCCAGCGCGGCUGCUUCGGUAUAAAAAAAAAUAAAGUUGUCGGAAUUUAAGAUCAUUCCCAGAAAAGAGAACGACGCCCACUUUCUCUCACUGAUUGUAUUCCCACGUUCAAGAAUAGGGAUCCUGAAGUCAAUACAUAUGAAUAAGCAUUAAGUUUGUCCUCCAUAUCUUACAUAAUAACUCUAAUUUGCAUUCAUUUUGCCUUUUAUUUAUUUCUCAUCUUGAUUUAAAAUUUCACUCGUUUUCAUGUACACAUUUUAUUUAUUGAUCAUCUUUCAUUUUACAUUUUGUAUGUACUUAAGCAAAAAUGAUCUGUUUUCUGAAGUAUUAUUUUUAUUUGACAAUAAAGAAUCAUAUUUUA